CCCGGCUGGGGCAGCGGAGGGGCGGUCCGGCCCGGGCGCCUGAGAUGCCCGGCGCUGGGCGGGCGCUGCUGGCAUGGCCUCCUUCGCGGCUCCCGGGCGGCAGGACGGCGGCGGCGAGCUGGACCGCUCCCUUCAGCAGAUGCUGCGGGCCAUAGUGGAGGAGCGGACCCGCGUCGGCCUCCGCCACGAGAUCAGCGGGCUGGGGUGUUUCAAAGACGACCGCAUUGUAUUCUGGACAUGGAUGUUUUCUACCUACUUCAUGGAGAAAUGGGCACCGAGGCAAGAUGAUAUGCUGUUCUAUGUUCGCAAAAGGUUGUCCUACGUUGGUGGAGAUAAUGUGGAAGGCAAGAAGCAGGUUGACGUUGAGGUGUAUCGCAGAGAUUCCAAGAAGCUUCCAGGCCUGGGAGAUCCUGAUAUUGAUUGGGAGGAGAGCGUCUACCUGAACCUUAUACUACAGAAGCUGGAUUAUGUAGUGACGUGUGCGGUGUGUACUCGUUCAGAUGGAGGGGAUAUUCACAUCCAUAAAAAGAAAUCCCAGCAAGUCUUUGCCUCCCCAAGUAAACACCCCAUGGACAGCAAGGGCGAGGAAUCGAAGAUCAGCUAUCCGAACAUAUUUUUUAUGAUUGACAGCUUUGAAGAGGUAUUUAGUGACAUGACUGUAGGGGAAGGCGAGAUGGUGUGUGUGGAGCUGGUGGCCAGUGACAAAAGCAACACUUUCCAAGGAGUUAUUUUCCAGGGAUCCAUCCGCUACGAGGCCCUCAAGAAGGUCUAUGACAAUAGGGUGAGCGUGGCAGCCAAAAUGGCCCAGAGGAUGUCCUUUGGUUUUUACAAAUACAAUAAUAUGGAGUUUGUGCGUAUGAAGGGGCCUCAGGCCAAAGGACAUGCGGAGAUGGCAGUGGGUCGUGUUUCCACGGGCGACACGUCUCCUUACGGUACAGAAGAAGAUUCAAACCCAGGUUCACCGCUGCAUGAGAGGGUCAUGUCCUUCAGCACCCCUCCAACUCCAGAACGCAACAGCCGCCCUUCCUUUUUCUCCCCAUCUCUCAAGAGGAAAGUGACCCGAAAUCGAAUUGCAGAGAUGAAGAAGUCCCAUUCGGCCAACGAUAGCGAGGAAUUCUUUCGGGACGAUGACGGUGGAGAUUUGCAUAACGCAACAAACCUACGGUCCCGGUCGUUGUCUGGAACUGGACGCUCUCUUGUGGGUUCUUGGCUGAAGUUGAACCGAACGGAUGAAAGCUUCCUCCUCUAUGCACACUUAACCUACGUCACGCUGCCGUUGCAUCGGAUUUUAACGGAUAUUCUGGAGGUGCGACAGAAACCGAUUCUGAUGACAUAGCCAAGAGCCGGGCGCUGCCUUGGAAGCCUCGCAGCCAAGUGCCUAAAAAACUAUCUAUCGCUGUCUUCUGUCACACACCGCCACUUGUGUCAGGAACAUAACAUUACUCUGAAAAAGGGAUCGCUAGGAAUUACCAGCCAAUCAAGAAGUGCCUCUUUGUUCUUUCCGCCCCUAAGAGAAACAGAACCGGCUCGCAUCUCUUUAUGGAUAAAACCGGCAGAAGAUUUCUACAGCAAAAAACGAGCAAGAAAGGAAACCCACCACCAUCACAGAAGUAGGGGCGGCGUUGAAAAAUGACGCUUUACGGACCAUAGGUUAGCGUUUGCUUUCAAAAUUGGAAACCAACCUGUACAAAAUGCAUUAAUCUUUAUAUAUGCUGAGACCACCCUCCAUAGGAUUUCAUACUGGUGAAUCGUGAACAUUGUUUCACGGACCACUGGGAACUCUUUUUGUGUGCAUAAGAAAGCAACCCCUUCUGUAAGUGUUUUAAUGGGAUAGGAUCGUAAAGUAGCAUAACAUCAGUGAGGAAGCUGAGGAAAAAAGGCAUUUAACCUCAUGGAGGAGCUGGGUGGAACCCAAUGGCCAGGUUUCUCUGCUUCUCUCAAUGCGAUAUUUUUAAAGCCUCGUAGCACAGAUGAAUUCUAUGAUGUCAUCUUCACCUACCAAAGAUCUGCAAAAAAUCCAGCCAAAAAAUGUCUGAAGGUUGAGAUUGUAGGAAAGUGCUCUGGUGUAAUUCGCCUCCAGUCAAUCUUCCACCAUGUAGGGCCUGUAAUUUGGGGAAGAGGAGGAACAUGCUAACUGGAGGAUACAGAAAGGACAUCCAGCAGACCUCAGCCUGAACAAUUGGAAAUUAAAAUGAAUCGAAGUAGCUCCUAAAGGUCUUUUUACUAUCCAUCAAUCCUUAUGCCAGCUCAGAAGGUUUCCCUCAAACUGAUUUGUGUGUGUACUGCUGUGAUUUCUUAGUAAACGGAAGUCUAAUUUGUAUUUAAAGCUCUCCCCAAUGCUCUUCUAGCAAUUUGGAGGGUGGGGCAAAAUUCUGAAGGAAGUGCAGAGUUAGUAUUUGUGGAGUUUGGAUUGUUACUGAAUUCUACUGUAUGCGUGUCUGAAGAUGCAUAAAACAUAGCUGGGGUAGAAGAGGGCACUUCACAACUCUUGAAAACACAUGCACUGAUUUUUUUUAAUGGAUUCUCAUUUAAGUGUUUAAAAGGAGACCAUUUGGUGGAGAUAUGGUCUUGUAAUGUCUUUCGUCCCCCUUCCUCAUCCUUGGCAGAUUUGCACCUUUAUUUUAAAAGUCUGUUACAAUUUUUUGUGUGUUUACAAGAUGAAGUUCAACCUGUUUACAUGUCAACAUGGGUGUGCUCCUUUAAAAAGAACUCAAAGUAGGAUUAGGGUCAGGGGUGUCCAGUGCAGGGGGGAGGGUAGAGGCCCAACAUUAAAGAUGGCAGCCAUGAUCACAUGAUCCAAGCCCCACCCCUUUUUAUAUGCUUCACGGAUGCCCUUUUUACUUUUUAACCACACACCCAUCCUGGCUUAUGUUUGCUUAUCUUGAUGACCGUAGCAGUAGCAUGAAAUAACCCUUGAUAGCCUCUUUGCAUCACACGCUACUAAUCCAGUCACACCUCCUUACUAAUUAUACACACACCCUAACCCAAAAUCAUCCUUUGGGUCAAAAAUCAUCCUUUGGGGAUCACCGAAUCCCCAACCAGCAAUUCAUUCACAAAAAAUCCUCAUCCAGAUGCCUUCUCAGCAAGAUUUGAAUUCACUUGCCUCUUAGCCAUUGGCCAGGCAGACCUUUUUGGGUGUGGCUUGUUCCCUGCAGCCAAUCAGUGUUGGUGAGGUGAGUUCCAGAUGGAAGAAGCAUGUUUUUUUUCAGCCACUCUUUAUUCUCAGCUCUGUAUCCUGGAGGACUAGCUAGGCAGAAGGGAGCAGUUGAUGUGAUUUUGCUACAAUGCAGCUGACUUGGGAGAGUCAAUUUAACCCCAUGCAAGACAGGGCUUGUUUAAACCUGACGACUCCAUUUUAUGCUGUCACAAUGCAGAGACUCCCUACCCAGUUAAGCAGAUUGUGGGAACAGAGCCUGAAGUGUUAGUUUAAUAGGGAUAAACUGACUCCCUGUUGAAGUUGGGGUUGCUCAGGGAGCAGCUGAGGACACCUAAAGGUUGCAAGUUGCUCCAGUUACUCUUUCAAGUUGCCUAUCCCUGCAAGAAGCCUGGCUGAACAAAUUGCUUGGCAACUCUGAAGGGUGCGCAGAAACAAGAAAUGCACUUGGGUAGGUUCUUUGGAUUUAAGCCUGAAUAAACACAGAUGGACGCUGAUUCUGUUUAGAGCUGUUGCAGUGAGUGAGAAGCUGAAUAUCAUUUUGCUGGCAGAGAGCCUAUCAGGGUCAGAAAUAGGAUCGAAUAGGACCCACAAAUCAGGGUCACAAUUAGGAUCUUGAGCAUCCCUCGAGAUCUUUGGAGCUUGCUUUCGGUACUGUGGCCAAAGAACACUCUCUGUUGGGCAGUGUCAGGCUUCAAGGUUUAGUGACCAUGGUCUAGAGAACAGAUUUCCUGACGUUUCAUCGGCAACUGUGAUUGCCACCUUCGGAGUCUGAGCAGGACAAAUCAUUUCUCCCCUACAUAGAGGAGGUCACUGACCGAGUAGGAAAAUUAUUAGGAAACCACAAUGUUAAAGCCAUCUACAGGCUGACUUAAGAAAAGCCAGGAAAUCAUUUGAUUGGCCAAGGACAGCAGAGACCCACACGCAGCAUCCAAGGUCUGUCGCAUCCCCUGUAUCUGUGGACAGGUGUACAUUGGGAGCGUAAAACACAGUUUCCACACCCAACUGAGGGAACAGGAGAGGUGCUGCAGGCUAGGACAGCCCGAACAAUCGUCAGAAGGGGAACUUGCGCUGCACCACAGCGAUCAUGAAAUCCAAUUCAAGGACACCCAAAUGCUGUCAACCACAUCAAACUCUUAUGUGCGCCUGCACAGAGAGGCUAUUGAGAUGGACAGACAUCUCAAUCCAACGGCUUCAACAAGAAGAAAGUCUGAAGGUUCACAAAGGCUGGUUCCCUCCCCUGAGCCACACCAAGAUCCUGCCCCAAAGCAGGACCAACCAAGAAUCAGCUCCCCAAACGCAGAAACUUCCCUGGACAAGGUCCAAAUCAGGACUCAGCGGCUUGGACUAACCAACACGAACCCAACACAAAGUAAGAACCAACCAGAAAUCAGCACUCCAAAAAUAACCAAUCAGAAACCGACAAGAACAAAGCACCAAUCAAGAGCCAACACCACCAAAACAAUCAAUUGGACAGAUUGAACAAAGAACCCAUCAGAGACCAGCCCUCAUCAACCUGCACCAAUCGGAAACCACCUCAGCUGAAGACUAAUCAGAAAGAAGGACUCCUGGCCAUAAAAACAGGAGCCCAGUCAGUCCCUGCUCAGUUGCCUGUGGUCUGCAGGGCAGGUCACUCUGCCUCUGAAGAUGCCAGCGAAACAUCAGGAAACCCAUUGUCUAGACCACGGUCCCUGAACUCUGAAGUACCCAACAGAUACCCAUCAUGAAAGCAUACACUAGUAUAUUAAACACUAUCUUCCUUACAUUUUGUAUUAAUAGCACUUUUUGUAUAAAUAGCAUUGGGCAGGAGGAUCCACCGUGUGUGUGUGAGCGAUGCAACACACUUACAAAAGGGGCAGCACUUCAACUAUGUGGUCCCAGCCACAAUCUUGACUUUUUUGCUACUCCCGUCACUCCUCGGUAUUUGGGCAACUCACUGAAUCCGAACAAGCUACCCAUAGCAUACCAUAACGUAUUGUGGAAACUCAGGCCUUGCGGUUGGCUUAAUGUUUGGAAAGGAAGGGUAAUGGAACUACGGGUGAAGGGUUCCAGCCAGGAUAGCUAGCGGCACUGGUAACCACAGGGUUGUACCUUAUGAAUGACAGGAGGCUAGAGAUGCAGAGUCAAGCCAAACCACGUGUGUGAGCUAUCCCUGCCAGAACACCUGUUGCCGAAUUCAGAGUAGCAAAGGAGGGCACAGCUUUGCUCUCAAAAUGCUGGCACAGCGUUCCCCCCCCCCUUUUUUUUGACUUGAUAAAAAGUGUUUGCAGCUCUUGGAUGGUGGCCCACAACUCCCUCUUCGGUGCUCUGAAGGCUACACUGGUGGUGGUCCUCCUGAAUUGCCAGAUGGCUCGGUGAAAGAGUGUGGAGACAUUUGAAUCUCCACCGGUCAUCUGAGGUGGGGGAGCCCAGAGGUCCACGAUGGCUGGGAAGGUGGGCUCAGAAAAGUGAAGCUGUUCUGAAGCAGAACUUGCAGUAGGAAACUGCAAAUAACAGCAAACGUGUGGUGCCUCGUGGAGAUAAGUUCAAGGCGGGCUUAGCAGUAGGAGAAGGCAGGCUUCAAAGAGUCUGCUUUAAGCAAAGGCCCCUUUCCAAGCUGCGUUGUGAAGCCACGUGUUCUCUCCUCCACAUCAUCUUAUUUCUGUUGUAUUGCUGGACUUUGCUUCACUCCAAGGAUCCAGAGCAGUGUUUCUCAACCUUGGCUGGCUGGGGAAUUCUGGGAGUUGAAGUCCACCCAUCUUACAGUUGCCAAGGUUGAGAAACACUGGUCCAGAGAAAGCCAUUUGAAUGACGUGAAAUCCAUCAACGAAGCAGAAUAUGGCUUCCAUACCUCCAUCAGGUAAAACUAAACAUUUCUCAUCAAGGUAAACUGCAACCCCUUAAAAUUCCCAUUUUGGCCACAUCCUCUGACUUUAAGGCUGGUGCCCCUGAACACACCAGAAAGGACUUUGGCAAAAGCCGCAACAUUCAUUGGGGUUCGUCAUUCCUUUUUGUUAAACCGAUGGACAUUUAUUCAGUGUACCUUUUUAAAGCUGGCAAUGUAUAUACAUGGUUUUAAUUUCAGCAACAUGCGUACUUCCCACUUCCUUUUCUUUUUUAAUUAUUAAGCCAUCUGAAACUUAAAGGGGGAAGAGAUGAUCUCACUGCCAGUGGCAGCAUUUAAAUUUUCUGAAUUUUGCAUAUUAAUAAAUGUCAUCAUUUAACCUA